GUCAGAUGCAGAUGUCAGUGUCAGUUUGCUGUUCCAGUCUGUUUUUGUCUGCUUGAGUUAUUUUCUAGAUAAAAUUAAUAACUGUAAAAAAUUGAUUUAUGUUUCUCUAGUGUGUAUGAAAUAUUCCAGUUAAAUCAAUUUAGUAAAACUUGGAUAAUAUAAUAAUUUUAAUUUGUUUGUAAACGUCGUUCGCAAAUGUCAACUCAAUAGAAUGGUUUCCUGUCGUAUGUGAUAAUGAAAAUAUAACUGAUAAGAUUACUUUUUUCGUGUAUUUGGAAGUUCUGAAGACCAAAAAUGUCCGGCUUUGACGAUAAUCCAUUUGGAGAACCUACGAUAGAUAAUCCUUUCGCAGAUCCUUCUGUUCAGCAAGUUGCAAGAAAUGCCAAUGCACAGAUUAGAGUUGAUGAUUACAAUCCUUUUGAUAAUGAAGCAGCACCAACUCAAAAAACCUAUGCUCAACCAAAUAAUGGGCCUGCAAUUAUGCAGCCCACUGAGGAGCCUCCUGCAUAUACAAGAAGUGGGCAACAAAUUCAAACACCAAAGCCAGCCUUAAAUACAGAAGAAUUACAGAGAAGGCAAGAAGAAUUGGAACGUAAAGAACAAGAACUUGCCAGGAGAGAAGAAGAAAUGAGACAGUCCUCCUAUAAUGUAAGACGCAAUAAUUGGCCACCUUUGCCUGAGCAGUGCUGUUUCCAGCCAUGUUUUUAUCAAGAUAUACAAGUUGACAUACCUUUAGAGUUUCAAAAAAUUGUCAGACACUUGUAUUAUCUAUGGAUUUUUCAUGGAAUUGUUAUGCUAGCUAAUAUCCUUGGAGGAAUCUUGACACAGAAUUUCACAGUUAUUGGUGUAGGGAUCUUGUAUACCUUGUUAUUUACACCAUUUUCAUAUUUAUGCUGGUUUAGACCUGCUUACAAAGCAUUCCGUUCUGAUUCAUCUUUUAAUUUUAUGGUAUUCUUCUUUAUUUUCUUUUUCCAAUUUGUUGUAACUACUAUACAUGCUGUAGGUAUACCUGGCUCUGGUACAAUAGGAAUUAUCAUGGCCAUUUCUACAUUUAAAGGCACUUCAUGGACUAUAUUCUGUGGAAUAAUUGCUUUGAUAAUAGCCUUUGGAUUUAUGUUCGCUGCAGUAGCAGAUAUUUUUAUGAUUUCUAAAAUUCACAGAAUGUAUCGCAGUACUGGAGCAAGCUUUUCCAAAGCCCAACAAGAAUUUACAGAUGUUGUACUACGUAACCAACAUGUUAGAAGUGCUGCAAGUAACGUCGCAGCUGCUGCAGUUCAAUCACAAUUUUCCCAAAAUAACACUACUACUAACAACAGAUAUUAAAUAAUUUAUAGCCUAAUAUUUAUAAACUAUUCACAUUCAGUAUUCAUUAUUUUCGUAAUUCUUUAUUAUUUUAAACAAAAAGUUAACUAAAAAUCUUCUGAAAUUUAUUAAAAUUGAUGCUUUAUAAUUUUAAUGUUCAUUUCUAGAGUUGUAGUAAGAUCACUUUACUCGAUCUUCGGUCUUGUGAAAAUUGUCUCAGAAUUAAUUUAAAGAUAACAAUUUGUAGGUACUCAGAUUUGGCCUGCAGUACAGAAAUAAAUAUUAAAUAUUUUUGAGGCAGUACUGACAACACGGCCGCCUAGGUUAUAUGACAGUUAAAUGUGAUGAGUCGUGAGAUCAUAGUAGGCUAGGUAUGUGCUAUAUGUACAUCCAGACAUCGAUUUUAGGUUGUAUAUAAUAAGUAGUAAAUAUUUACUGCGUUAUCUGUGGCUAUGUAAAAAAAAUAUCAUAUGGUUUUGAAAAAGUUAUUCAAACAAUAUUGGAGCUCUUUCGUUCUAUUUUUUUUUAUUAAUAGUAAAAUUAUAAAAACAGUAUGGAGUAUAUAAUUCAAGGAAAAUAAUAUAAUUCAUACAAUAAUCUGCUGUCAUUUACAAAUUAUCCCUCCAUGCUAGAAAGUUCAUAUUAAUAAAAUUCUUGUAGUUUUUGUAUUUUUUUCUUUAGUAUUUUACUAAUUUAUAAUCUUGCUGUUUGUCUAUGGCAUUAGGAAAAUGUAUUUUUCUUAUAGUUUGAGUUAGUUUACAACUUUCUUACCUGGCUGUGAUGUCUUAUGCUAAUGAUUAUUUAGUUCUUUGAGUAAAAAAAAACAAUUAUAUGUUAAGUUUGCCUCUGCUAAAAAUAAAUUCUAAAAUCAAUGUAAAUCAUUCAAACAGUGCCUGUUUCAUAACAAUACUUUUAAGUUGUAAGGAGGUACUAAGCAUAGAAUUAAGUCUCGCCUUUGAAGCAGUAAGUUUAUAAUCUUCUGUAAAUAAUAUCUUUACUGGAAUUUAUAAAAAAAUAGCUCUAAUCAGAAUAUUUCCUCAAUUUCUAUAUAUAGAUUUGUGCUUUUAAAAUCUAUGAGGUUCUUAAUAAACUGUUCCUUUUUCGAGGCCAUAUGAUCUGUUGUUGUUUAUGUUAAGUUUUUUAUUUGACUAAAUCGUUAAUUUACUAAAAAUACGAAUUAUUCGGUUUCUUCUAAUGUUUGGGCCAAUUUAUACUCUUGUACUUAAGGUCUUUCACUAUUAUUUUUAUUCUUUUAAUAACAAAAUAUAUUGAACUAUUUUUACUUAAGUUUGCCGAGCUAUACAUAUGCAUACUGUAAGAUUAUUGUAUGGUAUAUCAUUAUCUAAAUAAAAAUCCAAAUAAGA